AUGGCGAACAAGAAAACUGAAAGAACAAUAAUAGAUGGAUUGGUCUUCAUCGAUUUUGAGUCCGAGGAUGGUGAUGGUGUGGACUACAGCGGACAUUUUUUGACAGAAGCUGUGUUUUCGAGUUUUGAGGAUGUUGUUCUAUGGGCACAAAAUGUUUGUCGGUUGCUCGGAUUUAUGUUAGUGAAGUCUUCUUACAAGAAGGAUUGGAGUGGUCGGUCUUAUCGAUAUGUGACUUGUGAUCGUGGAAAAAAGAGCAUGAUAAGAGACCUGAUGAACGCGAUAUGCAAAGACACGAAAAGUAAGGCAAUUAGUUGUCCCUCCAAACUCAAGGUUGAGUAUGUCAGAGUAGUAAGUGGUUGGAAGCUCAGUUGCUUGAACGACACUCACAACCAUUUUUUGGUUGUGUAUCCCGAGGGACAUCAACAAAUCAGCGGUCUUAGUCCUGCUGCUAAACAGAUAGUGCGUGACAUGACUCAGGCACAGGUGCCGCUUCGGCAUAUCAUGAGAGCUCUUUUAGAAAAGUCUCUUGGAGACCAUCCAAACAUCAGGCAUGUCUACAACUGCAGAAGUAACAUCAUAAUGGAGCGAUUCGAGGGAAGAGAGGUAGUUCACGAGGUGCUUCAUUUGGCCAGACAGAGCAAAUACCUCACUUGGGUUAUGACCGAUACCAACAAUGUGUUGCAACAUGCUUUCAUUGUACACCCGAUCAUGACAAAUUUGCUACGCGCAUAUCCGUACGUGAUAGGUAUGGAUUCCACUUACAAGACAAACCGGUAUGACAUGCCAAUAUUUGAGAUUGUUGGGGUACACCGACUAAUCAGAACUUUCUUGUUGCAUACGCAUUCAUGA